CUUACCAGUUCUAAGAGUUGUGUUUUGGGUUUUGUUUUGUUUGAUUUUUUUGGUGGAACCCUUAGGGUUUUCUAGAUAUCUUAGGGUUUUCUACAUUUUUGAUCAUGUCAUCUGUGAACAAAGAUAAUCGUACGUCUCCUUUUUCAAUUUGUGUAUCUUUUCUUUUUCUUGCUUACUUCCUCUGGCUGGCACUUCCAAUACUAUGUUAAAUAGAAGUUGCAAAAGUGGGCAUCCUUGUCUUGUUCUUGAUCUUAGAGGAAACUUUCAGUGUUUCACCAUUGGGUAUGAUGUUUGCUGUGGGUUUUUCAUACAGGGCUUUUACUUUACAGAGAUUGUUUUCUAGCUUGUUUAAGGGUGUUGAAUGUUGUCAAAUGUACUUUUUGUAUCAAUUGAUGAUUGUAUAUUUUUCCCCUUUCAUUCUGUUAAUGUGGUGUAUUGCAUUGAUUAAUAUUUAUGUUGAACUGUGCUUUCAUUCCAGGAGUAAAUUGCACUUAAUCGUGGUGUAUGAUUAUUUUAGUAUGCUGCUGAAUAUGUUUUGCCAGUAUUUUGUUGAGAAUUUUUACAUCGAUGUUCAUAAGGGAUGUUGGGAACUAGAAGACAAGAAAAAGAUUCAGAAUCUCUUGGCUCUUGUGGGAACAGACACUGGAGAAGUGACCUAUUUUUAUAAGGAGCCUCCCAACAAAGUCAGCAUUCUCCAAAAGACUAUCCAGGCUGUAGAUAUAUGUGAACAGAAUGAAUCAUCAGCUUUCAGAGCAGAUUCUAAAGUAAGCAAAAGAAAACCAGCAAUGAGAGAGAAGGAAGAAAGUUCUGAGCAGUACCAAAGAGACAUACAAACACUUAUCCUGCAGGUGGAAGCCCUGCAGGCUCAGCUGGAAGAACAGACGAAGCUUUCUAAAGAGCAAGUUGAAGGGCUCAUGGAGGAUAGACGGAUCCGCAUUGAAGAAAUACAAGUUCAUCACCAAAGAAAUCAGGACAAAAUCAGAGAGCUUAUGAAAAAUCUCCAUCACACCCAAGAAUUGCUCUAUGAGAGCACCAAAGACUUUUUGCAACUCAGAUUUGAAAACCAAAAUAAGGAGAAGUCGUGGAUGCUUGAAAAGGAUCAGUUGAUGUCAAAGAUUAAGCAAUACAGGGUACAGUGUAAGAAGAAAGAAGAUAAAAUUGGAAAAGUUUGGCCAGUUGUUCAUGAGAGUCAUCGUAAACAAAAUGAAUAUAUUAAGUCCCUAAAAGAUAAGUUAAUACAAGAGAAAAAGCUGUCCAACAUGUACCAAGAGCAGUGCAUUUCCCUGGAAGAAGAACUUGCCCGAAUUCGUGAGGAAGAGGGAAUGAGGAGAGAGAUCUUCAAGGAUCGCUCUAACAAGAUGGGGAAGCGUUUACAGGUAAUGAGAAAACGCUAUGAGGCCUUGGAGAAUCGGCGUAUCUUGGAAGUAGAAGGCUUUAAGACAGAUAUUAAGGUUCUCCGGCAGAAACUGAAAGACUUGGAACAAAUGCUCUAUAAGGCAACAUUUAAUGCCCGGGGAAACCAGGAUCUUGCCAUUUUGUGUGAGGUUCGUGACAGCAAUAGACGGGCACAUAAGAUUCAAGGAGAACUGAAGAACCUGAAGUCCAAAGUAUUUGGUCUGGAGCAUGAACUUAGACUCUGUUGAUGUUUACUUUUAGAAAUGGCCCUUGUCUGUAAUGAGUCUAUUUUCUGAAACCUGAGAAAAAUGUCAUCUCCCAGAAACUGCGGGCAGAGUUGACUAGAGUGGCAGUAUCCAUUAUUAUAAAGACAGGGUGAAGAAUCAGGGACCACUAAAAAAGCCAUUCUUGAAUGCUAAACUUUCUAUUUUUUUCUGUCCUAUUAACCUUUUUUGUUUUGUUUUGUUUUGUUUGG